AUGAAGUUCUCCGCCACGAUCAUCGGCCUUUUCGCCGCCUUCGCCAUGGCAGCGCCCGCUAUUGAGACUGCUGAAGCCCUUGAGGCUCGCGCCGAAGCUGUCGUCAACGAGCUUGUCAGUCGCCAGAUCUGGUCUUGCACCUGCUCCAACCACAAGAACGUUUGCUGCGGCGCUACUUCUUGCUACACUGGCAAAUGCUAG